CAAAUGAAUUAUGGGGGUCAAAGUGGUUCAGCUGACCUCUAAGUCCCACCAUGAAAACAUCCUGGCGUCUCUGCAUCAGCUGAGGCUGCAGGGACAGCUGAGUGACGUCACGGUGCAGGUGGACUUCCAGGGGGACGUGCAGGAGUUUCAGGCCCACCAGCUGAUGCUCGCAGCGUCCAGCGGCUACUUCAAGAAGAUCCUUCUCUCUCAGGACGCCGCCCGAGACAAAGUAUUACUCUCCAACAUGCACUCCAAUGAUUUCUCCAAGUUCCUGGAGUUUGUGUACACGGGCAAAGUUGAAGUCGUCAGAGACAAGAUCAGUGACGUUCAAGCGGCGGCACAGUUUUUGGACUGCGAGGAUCUGUCGGAGGUUUGCGGCGAGGCCAUGAGUGCUGGGAUCCUACAGAAACCUACACAGAAAACAUCUGCACCAGAAGAAGAAGGUGACUUACACGGUGCCAAAAAAGAAAAAAGGACCAAAGGGAAGAAGCAGCCUAAAAGCUUCCUGCUCAAGCGGCGUUUGUCACCGCAGAGCUCAGAGAAAGAAGUCAUUUCAAAGAAAAGAUUGAAGGCAAAGAACGCAGUGAAGGAUGAAAAAAGACAAGAAGGAAACCUAAAACUCAACCUGACUGCACGUAAAGUCUUUCAGAGGCGUUUAAAUACCAAAAGACCGGCUAACCCGAACAAUGAAAACCAGGUCACGCAUGAGGACGCAGAGGAGAGCGAGGACAGGACUGAAGGAGACGCUCAGCCGGAGGAUCAGGCUGAGGAGGACUCGUCUCUGGGAAUGCCGGGCUACGAUGCGGAAGAUUGGGAAUGUGAGGAGGAUUUUCACAACAGUGAUCCUGAAGACUCCUUGUUGUUGUCUCUGGAGGACGAGAUGGACGACGAAGAGGAGGAGGAGGAGGAUGAGGAGGAGGGGGAGAACUCCAAGGAGACAAUAAAGAGACCGUCCAAGGCCCAGUUUCAGUGCAACAAGUGCCAGCGGACUUUCCACUACGAGAGGAGCUACCUGAAGCACAUCAGCACUUAUCACGGAGUAAAAGCCGACGUCAUCUACCGCUGUGACACCUGCCAGCAGACCUUCGCUAACCGCAGCAAUCUGAAGAUCCACGAAAAGCACGUCCACAGUAACGAGAGGCUCUUUACGUGCGACUCCUGUGCAAAGACCUUCAAACGAAAGAAGGACGUCGUCCGCCAUCAGAGACAG